CCUGCAGCCCAGUCCUCUGGGCUCCCAGCACAGGGAGGACAUGGAGCUGUUGGAGUGAGUCCAGAGGAGGCCACCAGGAUGAUUUGAGGGAUGGAGCACUUCACCUAUGAGGAAAAGCUGAGGGAAUUGGGAUAGAUUAGCCUGGAAAAGAGGUGGCAUUGGAGUGACUAUCACAGCCUUUCAGUACCUGAAGGGAACCUACACCAAAGAUGAGGCAAGACUAAACAAGGGCAUUUAGCAACAGGACAAGGUGGAAUGAGUUCAAAAGAGAGUAGGUUUAGAUUAGAUAUUAGGAAGGAAUUAUUUACUGUGAGGGUGAUGAGGCACUGGAACAGGUUGCCUUGGAAAGUUGUGAAUGCUGUGGAUAUUGUCCCUGGAGCUGCUCAAGACCAGGUUGGACGGGGCCCUGGGUAAGCUGUUCUAGUUGAAGGUGCCCCGACUAUGGUAGGAGGGUUGGAACCAUAUGAUCAUGAAGGUCCCUGUCCAACCCAAAUCAUUCUAUCAAUCUGUGACGACUCCUGAGCAUUUGGCAAGGUUUGGAGUGCUGAGUGAGGUCUUUGAUGUCAUUGUGCAAGGAGAGUUUUUUGUUGCAGCUCUCCGUGUUCAACUCCAGAGCCAUUGAAAGAUUUUCUCCCUCCCUGCCAGGUUCAGGCAUCUGAGACAUCUGCACCCAGGAGGUGCACUUGCACCAGCAGAGAGUAAAACUUGCUGAUACGAUGCUGGUGAAAGGGACAACUCAUAACCCCAGCUCCCCUCAGGCCACUGCAGAGAAGAGCAUGGCCACCGAGAUGGACAGCUGCUGUCCCAUCUGCCUGGACACCUUGAAGGAGAUCAGCUACAUAUUUCCGUGCCUGCACCAAUUCUGUUACACCUGCAUCCUGCAGUGGGCAGAGAACACACCCAAGUGCCCCCUCUGCAAGAGGAGAAUUCUAUCCAUCCUGCACUCCACAGAGACAGAAAAUAACUACAUAGAGCAUGUAAUUACAUUAUCUGAGGCACCAUCCAUCAUUGUCCACCAGGCGAGAGGAGACCCCAGAUACCUUGACAUCCAUUUCUCUGGAGCAUCCCAAACAUGGUCUGCAGAAGGAGUGCCCAGGCAUCCUGUGGGCAGCCUCCAGCCUGGGGAAUGGAUGGUACUUUUCCGGGACCACCCAUGCCUCCUAGAAGCCCUAGUGCUCUGGGUCCGACCGAGGCUGAGGCAGAUCUUCAGGAACAACUGGAUGGAGGCAGACCUCGUGGAGGGCACUGUCCUGGACAUCCUGACCAACCAUGGAAUUGAUGAAGACCAGCUGGUCCAGAUGCUGGGGGUCUCCCUCCAAAACCAUGCGGCGACAUUUGUGCAACAGCUUAUCCGUGUGGCGGUGCGACAGUGCAGCAGGGAGGCCUGCCGUCUGCUCACCCACCAGCCCUACCUCCCUGCCCAGGUGCCAGCACUUCUGACAGCCCUGCAGGAUGCACCAUGGAUGAGGUGCCCAACACCGCCUCCUCUGCCAUGGAUGGGGGUUUCAGAAGCUACCCCUCUGUACCCAUUACCAUCACUGUUGGAGCAAGAAGAGCCCCAAGAGGAGCCAGAGGAGUCUGUUUCUGGGUCUCCACUUCCAGACAGGGCAGUGACCCCUCUCCUGAAGGGCCAUGGUGACCUCUGAAGAGGCAGGCAAGCGGCUGUGGGGACUCUUCAGCCACCCCUGCAUCUGUGACUUUGGAGGAUGCCUCAGGGGUUAGCCACCAGCUGGGGCAUGCACCAACCCUCUAGGGCUCCCAGUCCCCCAUAUACAGCUAUCCAAAUAAAAUCAGUGCAUGGAAACUCAAAAAAGUCUCAACGUUACUAGCUGGACAGGUGCCCUUUCUGUCCUUUUUAUUCUCCCAUCAGACAUGUAAUGAAUGGCCAGCUACAGGCCCAUUGUUGUAGCCAGCCCCAGGGCAGAUAUUUCCAGCACAGGGAUCUCCAGGUCCCGAUUGUGCCCCACAGCCCAUCAUCCCAGGCCAUUCAUGAGCUCUCCAGUGCCAGCCCCUGCCCCCGCAUCCUGGUUCUCUGCUCUCCUGCCAGCCUGUGCUGCCCAGUGCAGCCUCGCUAGGGCUGUGACCACUUCCCUGCCCUGCCUGGGGUCACGCCUUGGUGCUGCUCUCUGUGUCACCCAGGGUCAUACCCUGCCAAGUCAGGAGCCCCCAGAAGUUCAUGAAGGGAAAGUGUAAAGCCCAGCCCCUGGGAAAGGACAAUGCCAGACUGGCACAUGCAUCAGGCUGACAGCUGGUGAGCAGCCAGGACAAGGCACCCAUACUGCCCUUCAGCACAGGUUUUCCCCUGCUGGUCCGGAUCAAGCCUCAGUGCUGGUAUUUCUGCUCUGCUUAGAGAGAGCCUGCCUGUGCCAGAUGGAUGCCAAGCAGCUGAAAGCUUUGUGUUUGUCUAGUUUGGAGAGAAAGAGCUGAGGGGUGACUUCACUGCUCUCUACAGCUUCCUGAGGAGGGAGAGUGGAGAGGGUUUGCUAAUCUCUUCUCCCUGGGAUCCAGUGUCAGGACAUGUGGAAAUACUUCAAAGCUACAUCAGGAGAGGUUCAGACUGGACUUAAGAAAAUAUUUCUUCAGAGAGUGUGGUCAGACACUGAAACAAGCUCCCUGCCUGCCAGUGCCUUAAAAGGAGGCAUUUGGACAAUGCCCUACAUGAAGGGCUUUAAUUUCUGGUUAGCCCUGAAAUGGUGAGGGAGUGGGACUAGAUUAUCAUUGUAGGUCCCUGACAAUCAUCAAAUAAGUGAUGUUUUCCCUCUUUGUUUAUUUUCAGUGACAUAAAUAUUCUUUAAAGAAAAAGCUAAGAAUUUAUUGCUUAAGUAAUCUCAUUACAGAAAAUGAGAAAAUGUAACAAUUCCUUCCAGUCCCAUGCAAUGCUGAUAGUUCAUAUAUGUUGUCUGUUAUUGUCACUUGUCCAAUAUAGUUUUGCUUACACAAAUAUUUGUUUGCUUGUUCACAUUUUUAACCAUGAGGCUUUUAUAGAACAUACGUCACCAAGUCUUUUACUGAGCACAUGUAUUAUCUAUUCAUUUCUAUACUGUCAAGAACACAGAAAGGAAAACAGUGUUCUGCUACAAUGCAGGUCAUUGCAUUUUACCAUCUUUUCAGCUCUUAGGUGUGAUAUAAUAUUACGCUUUGAUAUUUUCUGAUUUUUAUACAAAGCAUUAAUGUCUCAGCUUUCAGGGUUUCAUAACAGAACUGCCAUGGAAAUGAAUGCAUUAUGUUCUCAGUAUAUUUAUAUACCAAAUUUAAGAUAAUUUUUGGAGGUCCAGAUUGUUAGAAGCUCGUUUAGCAUCAUGCCUCAGAAUGUACCAUAAUGGAUACCAACACUGGCACAUACAGAUAGCGGGGUAGCCUGAUUGUUUUAUAUGUGUAAGUCAUUAAGUGAGAUGCCCACUUGCACAUCUAAGAAUCUGAAUAACAUGAAAAGGUCUAACAGCUGGCUAAUGUUUUGGGUUGUGCAUUGACUUGUCAGGGGAGUGAGGGAUGGUGGAGGAAAUACUGGACUUGUUACCUGAAUGCUGGUAGUAUUAGACGGCCAUUUAGCUUCCUCAGAAUGUUUGAACUGAUGCAGGCUUUUUCAGAUAAGGUCUCUUUCAGAUGUACUAGAAGCAGAGAGGAUGCUUGCAUGCAGGAGACAAACCCACAUCAAAUCAUGGCAAAGUCCCAUGCUCUGUGCUCUUCCCAGGCACUUCUGUUUGUAAUCCUGUGGACCUCCAUAGUGUUUCAGAGGGAAUUACUAUAACUCUAGUGACAGCAUUGUGAUCAGUGCAUGGGUAGUAGCUGGUUAACUAAUAAAAAGCAUAGAAGCAUUCCCACUAUUUUUUGGAGUCCUGAAACCAAACGUCUUUUGACACUUUCUCUUCCAAGCAAAUAAAUACUGUGCCUCCUCUCUGACCUUUUGCUCCUAAUUCACCAAGACCUUCUAGAGCUGUCAUUGAAUAAAUAAUAGUUGAGUAUCUGGGUACCUUCUGUUUUGUAGUGAGGAAAUUCUCUACAGUUCCAGUGAUAUGUAUAAAGUGACUUAUAUAUCACUAUUUUGUCAUGAGAGGUAGCCUUACAGAUAGAACAAUCACUAGGAGUUUGUGCCAGGAGGGAGCUGUAAAAUGUCUAUCCUGGCAAUGUUACUUCUUUUGAGUGAGUGCCUUAUUGUACACAGAAAAAAUCUACUUCAAGGGAAGUAGAACUUAACACUGAGUUAAAAGCCCUAGGAUUCUGCCUGGUGUUUUUAACUUUUGAUUUGGCACUGAAAUGGAACAGUAUGUUACUUGUUCUUAUGCAAGAAAUACCAAAAAUUCUUUUGUUGCAUUCUUGUAGUCACCAAUCUUGUAUUGUGCAAUAAACUAUCGAAGUACUUUUCAACAAUAUGGUAAUAAUAAAGGCCAUAUUAAUUGUAUUCUCAGAGUUCCUUGCUAAAUUCACUGUAUACAAUUUUCAACAGCAUAUUCAUGUACUAGCAAGUAGAAAAGAUUUUUAGCAGCUGUUUUAACCAAACUUCAGGAAUGUGUUUAUUGCACAAUUUUGCAUUUAAGUUCACCGAUGUGGUUUUGGUCUCAUAAACUACCCAAAUAGACAUUAGGGAGAAAAUAACAAGAGAAGAUUUAUCAGGAAUUGUCAGUCACCUGUCUCGGAUUCUUGAACAAGGGCAUAUUGGGCUGUACAGAAUAUUAAUAAAAUUUACAUAUAUCCCAUGCAAUACGCAAGUUUCACUGAAGAUAGAAAUUUCAGAGUAUUCAGAAAAUCAUAACAUUUGGACUCAGUUUAUGUAUGGGCAUAUAUUGGCACUGACAGAUAGAACAUGGGGCUAUAUUACUGUGUUUAUACCCAAUUAAGUUAGGCAAAUUUAAUGAACAAGCUGUAUUCACACUUUGCUUUGGUAAUUAGCCACCAGUUUAUAUCAUUAUGAUAAAGUUUACCUUGCUAAUCAACAGUCAUGUUUUUACUUUCCAUGAAGCCCUUCACACUAACAGUUAUCAUUAAAGAGAAUUUAUACUGAGAAGUCUCAGAAUUAUCAGUUUCUGUAUGUGGCCUUCCUUAACAUUUGUAAUUGAAGACACUAAAAUGAGAAAGAUUCCCCUUUUGCCAUGUUUCAUGUUGUUUUGUCAAUUGCUGAGUUUACAACAAUUUUUGUAAGUUAGAGGAUGUUUUGCCAGUUUAUUCACACUUAGAUAAAGUCCAUUUUGUGCUCAAAACCAACCUUCUGAUGUCCCAUUGAGAGACUAGAUGGCCAACCAGGGAUACUUUUUCCAUGGAAGCUGCUCAUGUUUCCUGCAGUGCAAGGAAGGCAGUUGGAAGAGCACAGCUGUCAGGUACCCUCAGAUAGCUGUGUACCAGCUGAAGGCUGGAGCAGGGCAGUCCCACUGCACUCUCCCCCUCCCCAUCCCCACAGGGAGACUGACACUCCAUCUUUCCCAUUUCACAUCCCGAGGGGAAGCAGGCUAAAGAUGGGCAAGCAGGGUGAGGGCACUGCAUGAGGAGGUCACCUACACCACAGUUACUGCAAUUGAGCAGCUCAGAGUCAGCAGCUGUAGCCAAUAAUGGGGCUUUGCAUGUACCACCCACACUCUUGCAGUUUGUACCUUUAAUAGGUAUGCGAAAGAUAUUCCAGGUAUAAGAUGGAAAAACAGCAACUUCAGCUCGGGAAGAUCGGUCAUCAACCAAAAUUAAUGCCCCUGUGUUGGACUAUGAUGAUGAACAUAAUAGAAAAGCAUGUGGUAGGUUAGAUUUGGUUUUGAACAAAAGACAAAUUAUUUAUUUCUUUCUUCAAAUGAAGCAUAACACUAAGGUAUAAAGGGAGUAUAAAUAACAUCUGAUUGUGCUCCUAAGCUCCAUGCUAUAACUUUCUUGCAAUGACAUCCUUCAACAAAUUAACUACAUCAUUACUGUUAAGUAUUAAUUGCACAAAACAGAUACACAAAAUAUAUAAUGAGCUAGAAAGAGGACAACAUUCUUCCAUUAUGACAAACAAUUCUAACAAGAAAUGGAAAAAAACCCAAUAGAUCAGGCUUACACUGAUGGCAACACUGAGAGUUUUAAGUCCUCUCCUUGAACACAUUACAUGUGAUAAAUAAUAUGCAAAAUAUUUAAAGAAUUUUAUUGUUGCUUACAGAAGAUACUUAGCAAGCAAGGAGACAGUAGCCAUAACUGCCUCAUGUUUCAUAUCCCCAUCAUUCAAUGCAAAUUUUUACAUUUCAUGCAAUAAUCCUGAGCUUAUUUUCAGUAACAUUGAAAUGUCAUCUAUGUUAAUUACCAAAUACAUACAGAGCCCAGCUAUGGGGUCUAUUGUAUUAUUAAGGCAUGAAAAAAGAAUAGCAGUUUAUCAACUCUGAAUGCCACAAAUACAGCACAGCAGUUAGAAGGCUCAAAAAAGCUCAGAAAGUACCAGUGAUUUCUGUGCGAAGGUCCUCCCAGAACACAACUGAAUCAUCAGUUCCUGAAAAGGCACAGAAUCAAAUCCUGUCCUCACUGACAUCAGGGAGUUCUGCCAUUGCCUUGACUGCUGGACCAAGCUUCAGAGCUAUCAGGAGUGACUCAGACUCCUCUUCAUAUCCCCAAAAAAUUGACAAACUUCCUCUCACUCAA